AUGCCUUCCUCAAUAAUCUCCCGACUCUUUAAGAAAAAGCAGAGGUCUCGAAAACCAAUACCCGAGAUUAGCGAAGACCCAGCGGCGUCGGGGAAUAAACGAAGGUUUAGAAUGUUUGCUACUAGAUCUAGUACACGUACAGCAUCAAGGACCCCCACUGCCAUGACAGAUAAAAUUCCGAUAUCGAGUGAAACCGAGAAGGAAAGUUUUAAUGAUUGGCCGAAUUCUGAGGGCUUUGAAGUAUUCCAUGAGGAGAGAACACCAAUCGAACUGAAGGUUACUGGGGAAAUCCCCGAAUAUGCUCUUGGGGUUCUCUACCGUACAGGACCAGGAGGAUACAAAACCACCACCGAUAAAGGAGUAGAAAUAAGCAUGUCUCAUUGGUUCGAUGCCUUUGCCCAAACCCAUCGUUUCAACCUGAUAUCACCAAAGAAAGUGCUCUAUAACUCCCGCCACACAUGUGACGGAGUCCUCCAAGGCAUCCGUGAAACUGGAAAGAUACCUUCUGGCUUCUCGUUUGCUCAGCGUGAUCCAUGUCAAAGCUUCUUUCGAAAGUUCGUGGCCACAUUCGCCCCAAGGCCCGAAGUAAAAACACCUGAUGGCGUGAACAUCUCUGUCACCGUGUCCACAGAUUACCCAGGAUACCCAGCAGACGAAAAAGGCCGGAGUCUGUAUAUCAAGACUGAUGCCGCAGCAGUGCAACGACUGGAUCCAGAAACCCUUGAACCAGUCGGCCUGGCAAGGCAAGCUGUCCUACACCCUGACCUUUCUGGUCCACUGUCGGCAUCACAUUCACGGACAUGCCCAGUGACCGGUGAUGUCUUCAACUACAACCUCACUCUCGGGCAUAAACCUAUAUACCGUAUCUUCAAAGUGGCUAAAGACACGGGCAAAACCGAUAUACUAGCCACAAUCACGGAUGCACCGGGAGCAUAUAUCCACUCCUUUUUCCUCACCCCACGAUAUGUGGUGAUCUGCGUCUGGGGAUCACACUACGCUUGUGGGGGCAUCAAGAUGCUGUAUCACCGCAAUAUCAUGGAUGCACUGGAACCCUAUGAUCCUCGGAAACGAAACAUGUGGUACGUGAUUGACCGCACCGAUAGCAGGAGGGGUGUCGUAUCAUCACAUCCCGGCGAAGCUUUCUUUGCAUUCCAUACCGUAAAUGCAUGGGAGGAAGGGGAAGAGAUUGUCGCAGAGGUGCCGGUGUAUGGGGAUAUGGAUGUGCUGAAGAAGUUUUACGUCAGUAACCUGAAGGGGGAUGAGAAGUCUGCGUGGGAGUGGGUGGAGAAGGGGCGGGCGGUGCUUACUAGGUGGAGAAUGGAUACGGGGAGCAGUGGGAGUGGCGCUGUGAAGGUAUGGGAAGAGGGAAAAGAGCUAGGGAUGGAGCUGCCUACAAUCAAUCCGAACUUUGUCACGCUACCACAUAGAUUUACAUAUGGCCUCCUCAACAGAUGUAAAUCCACCCUCCUCGACGGUAUCGUCAAGUACGAUUCCAAAACCCACACCACAAAGAUAUGGGAAGAACACGCACACACCCCCGGCGAGUGCAUAUUCGUACCCUCGCCGGCCCCAGACGCAGCAGAAGAUGACGGCGUGCUGCUGACUGUAGUACUCGACGGGCGUGCCAAGAGGAGCUACCUGCUGGUCCUAGACGCACGGGAUCUGAGUGAGGUUGCGAGAGCGGAGAUGGAGACAGCUGUCGGGCUGGGCUUUCAUGGCAAGCAUGUUGGUAGGGAUGGACCGGGAUUGGCGGAGUUUUAA